ACAUUUCUUGUCACACCUUUGCUUCACCAAUCGAAUUAAUUCAUUGUGUGUGAUUCUUGUUCUUGUUUUUUUUUUAAUGCACGAUCGCCAAGACGUGAAAAUGCACAUGGGUUUGGCCAAAGCGGGGCUUUAUCAUAGAGACCAUUUGGCUAUCUUCAAUGUAUUCAGAUUGAUCUCUGCAUUCAUAUCCUUUGUGCUCUAUUCCAAUAUGGUUUCCUCUUCUUCCAUAGAUCUUUCGACUGCAGUCCUUAUAAGGGUCGAUCAAUCUGGUAAAGGGGAUUUCACCAAGAUUCAAGAAGCCAUCGAUGCUGUUCCUCCUAAUUUAAACGAUACCCAUCUGUAUUUCAUCUGGGUUAAACCCGGAAUUUACAGGGAGAAAGUGGUUGUUGCUGAGGAUAAACCCUACAUAACACUGAGCGGAACACAAGCUUCCAACACCAUACUGACAUGGAACGAUGGCCAAGACAUCUUGGCUUCUCCCACCCUCACUGUCUUUGCUUCCGAUUUCGUCUGCCGCUUUCUUACUAUUCAGAAUACGUUUGGAACGGCGGGACAAGCUGUGGCCCUGCGAGUGGCUGCCGAGAGGGCGGCCUUCUACGGAUGUGCAAUAAAGUCGUACCAAGACACUCUUCUUGACGACAACGGAAAUCAUUACUUCAAGAACUGCUAUAUCGAGGGAGCCACCGAUUUCAUCUGCGGAAGUGCAUCUUCUCUCUUUGAAAGGUGCCAUUUGCAUUCGUUAUCGUCGAACAAUGGAUCAAUAACCGCGCAGAUGAGGUCAUCGGCAACAGAGAAGUCGGGAUUUACUUUCUUGGGAUGCAAGGUAACAGGCUUGGGUUCCACGUUUCUUGGAAGACCAUGGGGAGCUUACUCUAGGGUUGUCUUCGCCUAUUCUUUCUUGUCAAAUGUUGUCUCGCCCGAUGGAUGGAACGAGUGGGGAGACCCAAGCAAGGAAAGUACCGUAUACUAUGGAGAAUACAGAUGUUAUGGGGAUGGAGCUGACCGGUCGAAGAGGGUAAAAUGGUCAAAACAAUUAUCCGAUGAAGAAGCCGCCGCAUUCUUGAGCAAAGACAUGAUCGGCGGCAAAGAUUGGCUCCGGCCGGCUCCUUCUCAUUUCAGGACAAGCUCCCAUAUCAAAACAUAAAUCCGUCAAUUUGAUUGAUUAAUCUCAUUAUUUCUUGUUGGAAAACGUUCAAUAUUUUAUUAUUUUAUUGAUUAUAUACACCCACGUAAUGUGUAUGUUUAAUUUGAUUUGAAUGCACUUAAGCG